AUGGCGUCCACACACGCCAUCAUCGCCGCCCGGAUUUUAUCGGCGACCGUCCUACGGCCGGUUUUUCCGUGCCGGGCUUCUCCGGGUGCUACCGGCACCCACCUCUUGUGGCUCUACUCGGCGUCCGCUGCGGUCACCGUGGUCAGUGUCGGGCCGGUUCUGGGCUUGCCGCCUCACACGCCCCAAGAAGCACACACUGGAUACAAGCUCUCCAGGUUGCUUCGUUCCUGUCUGUACUUCUUCCUGUCGUGCCUGUUCUUCCACACUGUGGUGGUUCUCUACGGAGCUCCGCUGAUUGAAUACGCAUUAGAGACAUUCUCCCUAGCUGUGCUGCUCACCUCUCUAACCACACUGAGGUGUCUCUGCGUCCUCGGCCCCAACGUACAGGCCUGGAUCCGAGUGUUCAGUCGGCACGGAGCUAUGUCUGUGUGGGACACCUGUCUACAGAUUACAGUGGCCUGCACAGUGGUAGGAGCCUGGGUGGGAGCUUUCCCUAUUCCUCUGGAUUGGGACAGGCCUUGGCAGGUUUGGCCCGUUUCCUGCAGCCUGGGCGCUAUGAUUGGCUUCCUGACCGGGCUCGUUGCUGCUCCUGCGUGGAUCCACUAUCACCGCAAACAGCUCACAUACAAGUGCAAGUGAUGGACAGACAGUAUGUUUGUGUGAAUGUGACCUCGAGGGUAUUUCUCGUAUUCCUGCUGUAUUCCUUUAAACUUCGUACUGAUUAUUUAUUGGGAGCGUUAUCUCCGUUUGCUACCUGUAGGGAAGAUGAUUUUGUAAUAACACAAGACUUACUUUAUGAGCAACGUUAUUUUGUAUGUGCGGAGGCUGAAUAUAAACAUUUUUGACAUGAAUAAAGUGUUUCUUCUUUCACGGUG